ACGUCGACACAUCAACAUGGCCGAGUUAAAGAAGGUUGCCUGUGAAGCAAUUGACAAGGUAUCCUCGGAACUAAACGACAUCAGUCAAGAAUUGUGGAAGAACCCCGAGUUAAACUUCAACGAGCACCAUGCUCACACCAUAUUGACGGAUUUCCUGGAGAAUCAAGGAUUUACAGUUGAUAGGAAGUAUAAACUCGACACAGCUUUCCGAGCCACAUUCGGUGACGAGAGUGCAGGUCCGCAUGUGGCUGUAUUGUGUGAGUAUGAUGCACUUCCAGAGAUUGGUCAUGCCUGCGGGCACAACCUGAUAGCUGAACUAGGCGUGGCGGCCGGUGUCGGGAUCAAGACCGCCAUGGAAGCAUCCGAGCAACCCAUUGGCAAGAUAACGAUAAUGGGGACACCGGACGAGGAAAACAGAGGUGGUAAACUAGAUUUGCUACAAAAAGGAGCAUUUCAGAAAUUUGACGUAGCUAUGAUGUCACAUCCAGCGCCGAAUGACUCUGUUCUUGCAAACAUGCUGGCAGUGGAUUGGGUAACAGUAACUUACAAGGGAAAGGCCAGUCACGCCGCUGCCUUUCCCUGGGAGGGGGUUAACGCACUGGACGCUGCAGUAACGUGCUAUCAGACCGUGUCUUGUAUGCGCCAGCAGAUGAAACCGACAUGGAGAGUCCAUGGAAUAAUCACUAAAGGUGGACUGAGGCCAAAUAUUAUACCAGAAGAAGCUGCUCUAGAAUACUACAUUCGGGCACCGAACAAGGCCGAGCUUCACAUGCUAAGGGAAAAGAUCAUGAAUUGUUUUGAAAGUGCAGCGACAGCUACAGGAUGUAAGGUGGAAUACAACUUUUCAGAAAUGCCAUAUUUGAAUGUGAUCAGCAACGAAGCUUUGGCUUCUUCAUUCGAGGCAAAUGCAAGGGAACUGGGGCUGGACUUUAAGGAACACGGUAUGUCCACAGAUAGCGCUCCAUUGGGAUCCACAGACAUGGGCAACGUAUCUUAUGUUGUUCCCAGCAUUCAUCCCUUCUUCUACAUAGGAACAGACGAGGUCAACCACACCAGAGGCUUUACGGAAGCUACAGGUGCCCCUGCCGCCCAACCGUACACCAUACUACAAGGGAAGGCAAUGGCAAUGACAGCCAUUGACGUUUUUACAAACAACGAUCUUUUACACAGAAUCAAAACUGAAUUCGAUAACGAACCACAAAGGAAAGCAUAAAGACGAAACCCCCUGUGGAUAUGGACAUUAAGAAGAAAAGUCCUUAUAUAACUGAACAGUUUUGAAAAUAUAUCUAGUCAGAUAGAAUAAGGAUGAUUAAAAUGAUUAAAGAUAUUUAACAAGCGGUGAUACACUUAGGAAUUUGAAAUUGAUAGAUAAGCGCUGGAAACAAACGUGCUAUAUUUUAUGUAAUGCAGAAUCAACAAUUCAUCAACAGCUACAUUUUUCAAAUAUGUGAUUUUUUUUGUGAUCGCAGGAAAUAAUUCGAAGUGCUUAUAAGCCUGAAUAAUUUGAUUGGUGCUUUAAGAGGUAAUUUAAAUAAAACAUCUCCCAGUUUAAGUUCACUUUUUUGAUAAUGUGAAAGUAUAAAAAUGUUUUCUUUUUAAAUAUUACAAAUAUCUUGUGAAUUGUAUUUCAGAAUGUUACAAUUGUUGAUAUAAAACAUAAUAAAUAUACAAA